AUGCUUCCGCACCAGCAAAACAAAAUUGAUAUCUCGUCACUCACGGAGGAAGAGCAAAAACUGUUUCGUUUGUACGGCAAGCUACCGAAUCGCAAAGAUUUGGUGGCGAACAAGUUGAAAGAACGAAAAUACUUCGACUCUGGCGAUUACGCUUUGUCAAAAGCCGGCCGUGCGCCCAAGCAGUCAGUCGGUACUACUAUUCCUAAUCCGGAGAUGGUGCCUCAUGCCGCGUAUCCUUCGCACCCUGUGCAAACGCCUGGCAUGUUUGUACAAGGAAGUGGUCUGGGAGGUGCUACUAGUGGCCCGAAUGUACCAACUAGCCCUGGUGCGUCUAACAUGAUGAACGUCCCAUCUAGCCCGUCAGGUGGCCACCGAACAUCGGUAGGCAGUGGUUCAUUCACAGACACGGGUUCUCGUUCAUCAUUUCCUAUGGCCACGGGCGUAAUGGCUGGCAGUCCAAGUCGUGAGCCAACAAGUUCUCUGAGCCGCGAACAGAUGCCAGACCCUUCGUCUUCUAAUGCAAUGCAGGAAUGA